CACGAAUUCGGUGUGUUCAGAUGAUAAUGGUUUAUAACUCACAUGAUUUAAAGGAAUUAAUCAGGUGUCCGUAAACAGAGAACUUGAAAAAAGAAAAUGGUUUCACUUCAAAAAACCAGAUUAGACUUGGCAGUUAAUGCAUUAAUAAUUGUUGUGUGCUAUGCAAGAGCAGCCAGCGAUGAUGGAUACUGCCAAGAGGCUGUGCAGACUGCUGUCCAAGUUCCUCGCUGUCCUCAAAACUCAGUAGAAGCAGCAAAUGCUGCAGCAAAUAAAAACUGUGAAGCAAAAGCACAGAAUCAGAAGUGUACAAACUCAUCGAACUUUGUAUACCAUUGUGUAAUAAAUGUUUUUGAAAAUGCAACUGUGGAAGUUUGCGCCCCGUCUAAGUUUAUUCACGGGUUCUGUACCGAAUUCAACAUACAAGGUGGACGAAUACAACCUCAUUACUUCCGCAAUUGCUCAGGUUUAAAGCCACCAUGCCCAGCACGUUACCUAUCAACAGAUGCUUACAAAUACAAAGGAUGUUAUGAUCUUAUAAGAGCAAGUAACAAAACGGAUCGAAGGAAAUCGACAGGAAAGCAAACCGAUGUUAACGAGGACAAAACGUAA